AUGGGACUGUUCGGCUCCUCUACGCCCGCGGGCCUACCGCCUCAAAAGAUCGCACCGAACCGCACGCAACGAGCGGCCUGCUGGGAAGCCCGUGACGGCUUCUUUGCCUGCCUGGACGCCAACAACAUCAUCGACGCGAUCAAAGAAGCUCCCAAAGCGAAGAGUGCAUGCGGCGCGCAGGAAGUCGCAUUCGAGCGCGAUUGUGUCGGCAGCUGGGUCGAGUACUUCAAGAAACGGCGCGUCAUGGAACAUAAUCGUGAGCAGAUGUUAAAGGGGCUGCAGAAUGAGGGCGCAAAGCAGAUUGAUGUUCCGCAGCCUGUCGGACAGGCGCAGACGAGUCCGAAAUAACGGUGCAUGUGGAGGAGAGGGAGGAGGACGAGGCCGAGCCGACGGAAGUGUACGAUAUCCUCUGCUGCUCGACAGAGUGAGCGUACGGAGGGAUAGAUGAUUUGAUGCUUGUACAAUAUUUUGGCUCUGAAAAACGGUUCCUCAUUGCAACGGGAAUAGACAGGCCACUGUUACUAUGGCUUUCUGGUUUUUGAUUUAUUAUUAUUGCAUUCGACCCUAUUAGAUCAUGGCAG